AGUGUCUAUGUUCAAAUUUUGGUAAGAGAGCUUCUGGCUUUCCGUCUUCAUUCUCUUUGUCGUGACGGUUGUCUCUGAGUUUCUUCUGCAUUGUUACUCGUUUCAGUGAGACGUGAGACACCUACCAAUUGACUUUUCUUGAUUCCGUCGUAACAAAGAAAGUACCUGGGGUAAGAGACAACUAAUUCAUUAAUUGUCUCUCUCAUUUCUAAGUAACAACUUUUCUUGUUAGAAGUUCGUCAUUUAUUGCCUUGUUCCGGUCCGCCAGUCACAAGGCAAAAUGCCGACUCUCGGUGUCUUCGCGGAUGACCUGUGCCGAUCACUGGACAUUAAGUACAGUGACCAGGACAAGGAGAUCAAGCAGAAGAGCGAAAAGGAGUUCAAUUCUCUCUGCUUCGCGUACGGCCUAGAACUCGAUGAGGUACUAGUGAGAAAGACAUCAAGGACGCUUGAUGUUUUGGCUUUAUGGCAUUAGCGUUUUCAAGAACAUCUACUAAGAAGUAUCUUUGCAUCUGAUUUUCCGUCCUCGUGGUCGUGCUUCUAGCUUAAACCUAUCAAGGCAGACGCAUUCACCUGUAACCAAUUUUUUAGGUUACCUGCGAAUAUGAAAUGGUAGAGAAGGAAAAAGGCGUGGAGGCCGCUGAAAAAGCUAGAAAAGAAGCGGCAGAGAAGGGAAAAGACACCAUGCGAACGAUCUGGAAGGUCGACAUUCCCGCCAACCGUUACGACUUGCUCUGCCUUGAAGGUACUUGGAGCUAUUUGUCUAAAAAAAGUUCGAGGGACUUAUUCCUCCUUGGUUUCAUCAACAAUGCAUGAAGAUAAAUCGUUCUUUUACUACUACAAUGUCCUACACACAGCAUUAAUUGGUUAGUGUCCACCAGUCAAAAAUCCUUCACAACAGGUCUCACCCGGUCUCUGCAAUGCUACCGAGGGCAGAUGGAGCCAGUGCAGUACACUCUGAAGAGACCUCAGAAGCCCCUUCAGUGCUUCGUGAAGAAGGAGGUCGCACAAGUGCGUCCUUAUUUCGUGAUGGCAGUAUUGCGAAAUAUCAAAUUCACGCAAGCAAGCUAUGAAUCCUUCAUUGACCUUCAGGAUAAGCUCCAUCAAAAUAUUGGUACUAUCUUAUGCUUGAAACUUCUCUAUUUUCACGCACUUUCGAGUUCGAUUUGCCUUGGCUUCAUUCAUUUUUCACCUCUUUUUCUUGCACACCUCUAUAUUUUUCAUGCAUGUUCACAUUCACGUCAACAGGUCGACGACGUGAGUUGGUAAGCAUGGGAACCCACGAUUUGGACAAACUAGAGGGUCCGUUUACGUACGAGGCGUUGCCAGCAAAGGAUAUCAAUUUUAUCCCUUUGAAGGAUCCGCAUGACGUCGCAAAGGACGGCACUGAGUCUUACGACGCAAAGACUCUGCUCACCGGAUACCAGGCUCACCCGCAGCUUCGAGCAUACGUACUUUAUGCUUGUGGAGGCUAUAGUGUGUUGUUGUCCUAUGUGGAAUCUAGUGCAGUCACGUACAACAAGCUGUUGAUUGCUUUUUUACAAUUUUCCUCUACCAACAUGCAGGUGCCUCUCAUCUACGAGAAGGAGCGAUAUCCGGUGAUCUACGAUAGCAACCGCACCGUGUGCUCUAUGCCGCCUAUCAUCAAUAGUUGGCACUCAAGAAUAACGCUCGACACUCGCAACGUCCUCCUCGAUGUAACGGGCCUCGACUACACCAAGUGCAACAUUGUACUAGACCAGUUGUGCGCUAUGUUCUCGUGCCACUGCGACACCCCCUUCGAAGUUGAGCAGGUGGAGAUGAUUAUCGAGAAUGACUACCCCAGCGGCGUCCCCUUCAUCAAACCAGGAUCCAAAAAGUUCUACCCAACGAUGGAGGAGAAGACCUUCGAAGCUUCUGUCCCAGAGAUGAAAGACUGGCUCGAGCUCCAGCACCUGUCGACGCCAGAAGUCCAAAAAUGCCUCACAAAAAUGAUGUUGCCAUCCGAAGCCUCCGCAGACGGAGACAAGCUUCAAGUGCGAGUACCGUGCACACGACCAGACAUCAUGCACGAAGUCGAUUUGAUCGAGGAUCUGGCCAUCUCCUACGGCUACAACAACCUGAAAGCGCGCGUACCAGAAGUUAUCGCAGAAAUUAAGGACCAGAAGAUCGGCCGAUUGACGGACAUGCUUAGAUACGAGUUUGCAGGUGCAGGAUACAGCGAGGGACUCACCUUCGUGCUGGUAAAUCUAGUACGUCACUUUGUGAUUUGAUAUUGAGUCUUACAAGAAACUUAGUUUUCUUUCGGGCAUGUUUUUUGGAUUCUUUUCACAUUUCUAUUGCGUUUCUGUAAUUUUGAAUUUGAUUGUUUUAUUUCUCUCCCAACAGUGUUCCCGGGAUGACUGCUUCAAGUGGAUGCGGCGUGAGGCUAGCGCGGCAGUUUUGAAGAGCCAACCGCCAGUGCACAGCUACGAGCCGAAGCUGCCAGCUGUUGUACUCCGCAACGCCAAGACAAAGGAAUACAACACAGUCCGAACGAGUUUGAUCCCUGGUCUCUUGAAAAUGCUUAAUUACAACCGAAAGAAUCCGCUUCCUCUGCGGUUGUUCGAGGUCGCAGACGUUGCAGUACAGGACUUGCGGGAGGAGACCGGGUCGCGAAAUCAAAGAAGAGCUGCUGCCAUCAUGUGCAACCGCACUAGUUCCUUCGAAGACAUUCACGGUCUCUUGGACCACAUCAUGUACAAACUCAAAGUACGCAGCAAAGUUGAAGUAAAGGAGAUGGAGGCGCGCAACGCUGCUCUUCCAGCAGGAACGAAAGCCAAGCGGUGGAAGGGCAAAGUCUAUGAGCUGGUACAUAAGUAGUUGUACACAAUUGACAAUCUAUUUUUGGACAGAAUUUCAUCCUGAAUAGAAAAGAAAUGGGUGCGGCAUGGAGCUUAUUUAUCAUUAGAUGUGAAAUUCUUUUAUCUUCGUCAAUUUUUUUUUUUGACUGAGUAUCGCAAUUGAUUAUAAAUUACCUGCCAUCUUCCUCUUUGCCACAGGUCCACGCUGAUGAGCCGGAGUUCCUCCCAGGAAUGUGCGGACAUAUUUUGGUCGACGGCCUUCGAAUUGGUGUGGCAGGUGUUUUGAGGCCUGAUGUUUUGGAUCCUCCAGCAGAAUACGUUGGAGAGGGCGAGAACCGUGCGCGCGUCACUGCCCCGUGGUCUGUAAAGUCCCCCUGCUCCGUUGUCGAGCUCAACAUUGAACCCUUCCUGAAAUCGCUCAAGGAGUAA